AUGAUACAGGUAUCACUAUCAAUACUGACGAGUACAGACGCACAUCCGCUCCUCCAACAGACGGCGCUAAGCGUGAACCCAUUCAUCGACCUGCCGAAAGCUCCGACACUCCCACACAACUAUGCUUCGUUACCGAGCACUCUACCACCUUCGGCACUCAGCGCACCCGCAGUCGCAUCUAACCCAGAUCUACCAGCGUAUGUGACAUCGCCUUCUGGCUUUGCGGCGCACCCCAAGACCAUCAUUGCUCAGAACAAGUCACUACUGGAGCAGAUUGAGAAGCAGCGCAAGGAUGCCGAGAAGGAGAUUCGGGAUUGGGAGCAAAAGAUAAGAGACAGAGAGCUGGCCGAGAAGAGAAAGAAGGCACCGGGCUACUUGGACACAGAGCAGUAUAUCUUGCAGCCAGAGAAACCACGGACCGAUUCCACUGCAGCCAGUAAUGUGAACCUGAUGGACGAGCCAUCCCAGGAAGACACGGUGUCUAAAUCGGACAAGCAAGUUGAUGAUUUGGGGGAUGCAAUGGAUCGUGCUUUCGGCAGGAGUGAGCUUGGCUAA